AUGAAACUAUCUGCGCUGGUCGGCUCGAUUGCCGUGGGCUUCGUGCCCGGCGCCAUUGCUGCUCCUCCCAAUGGCUUUGAUACAAAAGAUCUCUCUCUGGAAGUCGCUCGCCGUGCACUUCCGAAUGCUCCGAAUGGAUAUACCCCGACUAACGUGAGCUGUCCGGCUUCGCGGCCGUCGGUGCGUAGCGCCGCCAAGCUUUCGACCAAUGAGACCUCCUGGCUUGAGACUCGUCGCACCAAGUCCCUGACUGCGAUGAAGGACUUCUUCGGCCAUGUCAAUGUCAGCGAUUUCGAUGUCACUUCGUACCUGGAUAAGCACUCUAGCAACUCGUCAAACCUGCCGAAUAUCGGUAUUGCGGUGUCCGGUGGUGGUUACCGUGCGAUGCUGAACGGCGCCGGUGCUAUCAAGGCGUUUGAUAGCCGAACGGAAAAUGCCACUACCAGUGGUCACCUCGGUGGUUUGCUGCAGUCAUCGACGUAUGUCGCUGGUCUCUCUGGAGGUAGCUGGCUGGUUGGAUCCAUCUAUAUCAACAAUUUCACCACUAUCAGUGCGCUGCAGGAAAGUAGUGACGUCUGGGCGUUGUCCAACUCUAUUAUCGAGGGCCCUGAUACUGGCGGCCUCCAGAUCCUGGACUCGGCUAGCUACUACAAGGAUCUGGCUGAUUGGGUGGAUGACAAGAAGGAUGCUGGAUUCAAUACUUCUAUCACUGAUAUCUGGGGCCGUGCGCUUGCCUUCCAGAUGUUCAACGCCAGCAACGGCGGUCUUGCCUACACCUGGUCGUCCAUUGCCGAGACGACUGAGUUCCAAGAUGGAAACUACCCCAUGCCUCUGGUCGUUGCAGAUGGCCGGAACCCCGGCGAGCUGGUCGUCGGUAGUAACUCUACCGUGUAUGAAUUCAACCCCUGGGAGUUUGGUAGCUUCGACCCGACUAUCUUUGGUUUUGCUCCUCUGGAGUACAUUGGCUCUCGUUUCGUGAACGGCGAGAUCCCCAGUGGCGAUAGCUGCGUCCGUGGCUUCGAUAGCGCUGGUUUCGUCAUCGGAACUUCUUCCACCCUAUUCAACCAGUUCCUGCUACAGAUCAACACCACCUCUCUCCCCAGCUUCGUCAAGAACGUCUUCAACGACAUCCUCUUCGAUAUUGACCAAGCCAACGAUGACAUCGCCGCCUACGACCCCAACCCUUUCUACCACUACAACAACGACAGCUCCCCAUAUGCCAAACAGAAAGUCCUUGACGUCGUCGAUGGCGGCGAAGAUCUCCAAAACAUCCCACUCCACCCCCUUAUUCAACCCGAGCGUGCUGUCGACGUAAUCUUCGCCGUCGACUCCUCCGCCGACACAACCUAUUCCUGGCCCAAUGGCACCUCCCUUGUCGCCACCUACGAGCGCAGCCUGAACAGUAGCGGCAUCGGCAACGGCACUGCCUUCCCUUCCGUCCCAGACCAAAACACCUUCGUCAACCUAGGCCUAAACACUCGUCCCACCUUCUUCGGCUGCGAUAGCUCAAACCUCACCGGCCCGGCCCCCAUCGUCGUCUACAUCCCCAAUUACCCUUACUCCUCCUUUUCCAACGUUUCAACCUUCGACCUAAGCUACGAAGACACCCAGCGCGAUAACAUCAUCCUAAACGGCUACGAAGUCGCCACCAUGGCCAACUCCACCCGUGACGGUAACUGGACCGCCUGUGUGGGAUGUGCUAUUCUCAGUCGCUCGUUCGAGCGCACGAAGACCACACUCCCAGAUAUUUGCACCCAGUGCUUUACCAAUUACUGCUGGAAUGGUACUCUCAACUCGACUACGCCGAAUGCUUUUGAGCCCGUUACUCUCAUGGACAAUAGUGAUAGCAAAGCUUCGGCUAUUGUGCCGACUGUUCUUUCUACCGCUGCUGCUGUGUCGGUCGCGCUUUUCACUUUGGUUUAG